AUGCUGUCAAACGGUAACGAGAAAGAGAACUACAACUCUAUGAUGGAAAUUAUGAAUGUUGUUGUGUGCGAAGGUCUCCGGAAAGUAUUCAAACAGGAAUGGGACAAACAUUAUGGCACAAGCAAAGGCCUUUGGGACGACACGUGUAUAUCUGGUAACGAAUUAUAUAACAUGGAAAAGCCAAGGCCGCGUGCUAAACAAUACCUAAAUUCUUAUCAAUCUGGGAAGAGAAGUGAAUGGGAUAUGUCUGCUUUGUCGGAUGCCAUUCUAUUUUCCAACGCAAUUAAGAAGCACUUGGCCCCACAUGUUUCGAACAAGGUUAAUGAGUUGAGAGACCUCCGAAAUCUUCUUACUCAUAAAUUUGGAUCCCAACAUAAAAUGCCUGAUCCUGCUUUUAACAACGCUUGUAGAAAAGUUAGGAAUUGUUUCAACGUAUUGAAGUUAUCCACAGCAAAUAUUGAGAGAAUUAGAAGCUCUUCAAGAGGCAAGUAUGCUAUCCAUUUAACGAAGCUAGCCUACAUUUGCCUGACAAUUUCUAUUGGUAUAUGUUGUUAUUGGCUUGCAAACUCUAUUGAAGCGAAAUCACCUUUUCGAGUCCUUCCAACUAGACCAGUUCAUUUAGUUGCCAACCGAAGUCGAACUGUUAAUUAAUGCGAUUCUCGAAGAAUUACGCAGUCUAUCUACUAGGAAUAAUCGUGCGUUAACCUAUCUUUAUAUCUCUGGUAAUCCAGGAAGUGGCAAGUCUCAGCUUGCUAGGUUAGUCGGCCAGCUUUAUGGUAAAAAUACCACGUUUUAUGGGUGUGGCAGCAACACUUUUGUUAUGACUUUAAAGGGAAGAUCCUUGCACGAUAUCUUGGAAUCCUACGCUGAUUUCGCCCGUCGCGUGGAUUGCAAUGAAAAUAAUAUAGCGAACAUAAUAAAUUCACAGAAAACAACUACAGCGAUAAAAAUACAAACUCUUAAAACAGAAAUUGCAAAAAUUUUGAAAAACGUCAAAAAUAGAUGCACUUGGUUAUUGAUAGCUGAUAAUGUUGUAAAUCUGGGUGAAACAUCUUCAUUUCUCCCUCAACUGGAAGAUGAAGACUGGCAAGGUGGUCAAGUGUUAAUUACCACACAAGACAUGUCAUCUGUUCCAUCAAACAGUUCUUUGACUGUCCAUAUUUCAGUUAGUCAAGGUAUGAAUCCAGCAGAAUCACGUGAGUUUCUUACAGAUCUAUCUGGACUUGUUGAAGAUCAACAUUUAUUGACCAAAGUAGCAAAGGAAUUGGAUUAUCAACCUCUUGCCUUGGCCUCAGCUGCGUUCUACGUCAAACGACUUCGAGGAACUAAAGCAUCCUCCCAAUUUUUUUGGAAGGAUUAUUUGAAGAAACUCCACGAAGGCAGACGCAAUCUUACUGAAAUGAAAUUAACCAAAGUAAAUCAGGCAUAAUCGUUAACCAUGUCGACAGCUGUUUUGUUGGCUGUUAAGAACUUUGCCGAGAGCGACCUUGUUUUAAAACAUGCAUUCACUUUUCUUUCCUAUGUAUCCCAUGAACCUCUAUCACUAGACAUUAUUGUAAGCUAUAUUGUUCGUGUUGAAAAAAAUAGUGAUGAAGAAGAUGUCAGACUACAAAUGCGGGAAUGUUCUUUGAUUCUUCCUUCAGACAACCCAAAAUCGGUUUCAAUUUUAUUGCACCGUGUCGUACUUGAUAGCAUUCAACUGUACGUUGCCCAUGAUUCGGAAGAGAAUGGUAAAUCGCGUGUUCCUUUAUACGUGUUCCAAUUACUUCUGGAAUAUAGAGGUGCUCUUGCUCACGAAACUGCUCUAAUUCCUCAUUUGAAAGCAUUUUGUGCUAAAACGAAGAACUUAUCUUCAGAAAUUUUGAUUCCUGAUUCAAUCAAAAUGAGACAGGAGACUCAUGAACACCUUUGUAAUUUGUCUUCAACUCUCAUAGAGUAUGGGGAAUUUCUAUUAUCAAAGAACUAA